GUAGGAGUGGCCGAGGAGCUGGCAGCCUGCUUUGCAUGAAUCGUGGACUCCAAGUUAGUGGCUGCAGCUUAGAUAUUUCCUGUCAGCCGCACAGACAGAUCCGAAGCAAGGGCGGAGGAGACGAGGAGAGGGAUGGCAGAGAACAGCUCCGAGACGAGCGGCUCCGUUCACCGGAGAUGUUUGGCCCAUUCUCCGGCAGAGAGAAACAUUUCAUCCGGUGUCGGGGCAUCGAAGUGGAUUCGACUAAACGUCGGGGGCACAUACUUUUUAACAACGAGACAGACGCUGUGUCGAGAUCCAAAAUCAUUUCUGUACAGACUGAGCCAAGCUGACCCCGAGCUCGACUCCGACAAGGAUGAAACUGGUGCCUAUCUCAUAGACAGAGACCCUGCAUACUUCGGGCCAGUGCUAAACUACUUGAGGCAUGGCAAACUGGUGCUCAACAGGGACUUGGCAGAGGAAGGUGUGUUAGAAGAAGCUGAAUUCUACAACAUCACAUCAUUAAUAAAGCUCAUCAAGGACAAGAUCAGGGAACGUGACUGCAAAACAUCACAGGUUCCGGUGAAGCAUGUGUACCGGGUGCUGCAGUGCCAGGAAGAGGAGCUGACACAGAUGGUGUCUACCAUGUCCGACGGAUGGAAGUUUGAACAGCUGGUCAGCAUAGGCUCCUCUUACAACUACGGAAACGAAGACCAAGCCGAGUUCCUGUGUGUAGUCUCCAAGGAGCUGCACAAUCAAUCAUACGGGACAAACAGUGAGCCCAGUGAGAAGGCUAAGAUUCUUCAGGAAAGAGGUUCCCGGAUGUGAAGAGGACUUAGUAUUAUGAGCUCCAGGUGUUAUGAUGCAAACAUAUCAUCUUUGUGGAAGAACGUUUGGCACAAUGGAGAUUUAAAGGGGGGGUUGUGCAUUUAUUUUGUGUUUUCCCUCCAUUUUUGUUUUUAUUUCUUGAUGUAAAUAAGUCUGUUUACUGACAAUUUGUGCCUGUACAUUUAAACUGGACCUUUUUAAAUUAGGGGCAAGUUUUUUUUUUUUUUUUUUUUUCUAAUUGAAAGUAAGGAUUUGCAAUCUACAAAUGUUUUAUGCUAUAAACUAUGGCCGUCAUCAUAUAAGGCCAAUGAUUCACUCAGGGUCAUCUAUUGAAUUAAUUAUAUCCUCCAACUCAAGGGUCUGGUAAGGGAUCAGUAUGGUCUUUAUAACUCAAAAAAAUCAACUCAAAAUAAUUGUUUAAAGAUGUUAAGAAGGGAAUUGUGCAUUGAUUAAGCACAUGUUAAAGAGUUAGGCUAUUAAAUGUGAAAUUUACCCCAAAAACAAAUCGAUAAAAUGUUUUUUCCAAAGAUUUCAAACCGUUAUACUGAGAUUUGUGAUCAUGAGGAUCCCAACUAUACAUCACACGUUUUGUCAGAUGUAGUUGAGGUGGCAUUUUACUUUGAUUCAAAAUAUUUUUCCAGUUACUAUUCAAGGUCAAAAAAGGAACAAAAUGUCACUGUGAUUUGUCUGUGUAGGUUAAGGGGCAUUACGUAAUUUAUCACUUACAGGGCUUUUAUUGGUGAUGGGGAAAUGACCUGUAAUGAAGAGAAGAAAGUCCCAUUUCACAGCGACCCUGUUCAGACCUGGCAUUACCAUGCGUGCGUCUCAGAUGAUCCGAUCACAAGAGGACAGCUCUAAGUGCAGGUGUGAAAGCACCCAAGUGCAUUAAGGAUGCAUGUGAGAUCAGAUCACUCGAACCACAUUUAGAGGUGGUCUGGAUUGCAUAUGGCCUCAUUCUUUUAAGAGUUUGAACGCAAAUGUGUCCUGAACCACGUUGAAGGAUCGCCUACUCAGAUGUCGUCCUCUGCUACAGUCAGGUUUCAGUUUCAUAAUAACUCAAAAAUAUUUUUACACUUCUCACAGUGUUUCCCAUACAUCAGUUUAUUUGUGGCGACCCGCCACAAUAUCAGUAUUGACUGUCACAUAUUGAUUUUCUACUUUUUGGGCUUUGCAAACAGAACAUAAGUACGUGCUUAUUUGUUUGUAGAGCAGGGAACUAGGAUCCGAUCACAAGUGAUCACUCGAGAUGCAUGUUAAUGCAAGGUCUGAACAGGGCCGUAGGCUAAGUAAGCUAACUUGAGAGACACGGCAGAUAUGGCAAUGCAAGAUACUUAUUUUCAUUCACGUUCUUGGCUUGAGAAGUAUAUGUGUUGCUACUGUAGCUGCUUGUGAGAACAUAUACUCUAUCUUGGAACCUUAGUAAUCCAUUUACCCAGUGAUUUGGUCAUUGUGUGCUGUUAGGUCAAGUAAUACACAUUUUCAGGUCCUUUUACCUGUAUUAUAAGGAUUUAACUUUUAAGUAUUGGAGAUACAUUUAACCGCAAAUGUUCAUGCAAAAUGUAGAAUUUUAUUAGUGUAAAGAACUAAAAAUUUGCUCUCUAAAUGUUGUAAAGUACAAGUUAAUUUUAAUGAACUUCUAGUUUAGUUUGAGACCUCAUGUUCAUAAAUCUAAAGUUAACUGCCAAAAAAAAAAAAAAAAAAAAAUCAAAGGUGUUUCAGAUAUG